AUGGCUACAAACCCUGACCACCAAUCCAGUCAGGAAUCGUACCACGAGAAGAGGCCGACUACCGUAGCCGUGCUUGACAAGCGCCGUCGCGCUGCUCUGGCAGAAAUCGAUGAAGCACCCUUCUCGUGGUUCCAUGUCAAGGUUUGCCUAGUCGCCGGUGUAGGUUUCUUUACCGAUGCCUACGACAUUUUUGCCAUCAACAUCGCCGCCACAAUGUUAGGCUAUGUCUACGGUCACGCAAAUAACCAGCUCAAUACCCAGCAAUCUUUGGGUGUCAAGGUAGCAACCCCUGUUGGUAACUUGGUUGGUCAACUCCUUUUCGGAUGGCUCGCAGAUGUUUUGGGCCGUAAGAGGAUGUAUGGUGUCGAGCUCAUGUUGAUGAUUGUUGCGUGUUUCGGUCAGGCUCUCGCAGGCCAAGCCCCAGCAGUAAGCGCUAUUGGCGUGAUUAUCGUCUGGCGUUUCGUUAUGGGUGUUGGCAUAGGAGGUGAUUACCCUUUAAGUGCCAUCAUUUCCUCAGAAUUCGCCGCUACACGUUCACGCGGUCGUCUCAUGACUGCCGUAUUCGCUGCGCAAGGAUGGGGUUAUUUUGCUUCUUCCCUGGUCGGUAUCAUCGUCGUCCAGGCAUACAAGAAUUCUAUUCUCAACGCCCCGUUCCCUUGCGUUGUUCCUGUCGAUUAUAUCUGGCGUCUCAUGAUAGGUCUGGGAUGCGUCCCUGGUGUUAUCGCACUCUACUUCCGUCUCACUAUCCCAGAGACCCCUCGUUUCACCAUGGAUGUCGAACGCAAUGUCGCACAAGCCACUGCAGAUAUUGAAAACGUAUUGACAUCCGGGAGGCACUUCGAUCACGAAAAUGCCCCGGUGCAACGCGUUACGGCCCCGAAGGCAACUCCCGCAGACUUUGCUGCAUACUUCGGCCAAUGGAAGAACAUGAAAGUCCUGAUCGGCACCUCCUACUCCUGGUUCGCUCUCGAUAUCGCUUUCUAUGGCCUUGGUCUCAACAGCUCGAUCAUUUUGUCGGCAAUCAACUUUGGUAGCCCCACCAUCAACAAAACUUCGUCACUCUACGUUUACGAGAACUUGUACAACAUUUGUGUUGGUAACCUCAUCCUCUCCGUGGCGGGCUUGAUUCCAGGAUAUUGGGCAUCUUUCCUUGUCAUCGACUCCUGGGGUCGCAAGCCCCUCCAAUUGAUGGGCUUCAUCAUGCUCACCAUCAUUUUCGCCAUCAUGGGUUUCGCUUAUGAUGCCAUGAAUGCCACCGUCGCGGGCACGAAGGCUUUUGUCUUCCUAUACUGCCUCGCCAACUUUUUCCAAAACUUCGGUCCUAACACUACCACUUUCGUCAUCCCGGGAGAGGCUUUCCCCACUCGUUACCGUUCAACAGCCCACGGUAUCUCUGCCGCCACGGGCAAGCUUGGAGCUAUCAUUUCCCAAGUCGGCUUUGCUACGCUAGUUAACAUUGGUGGCCCGAACAGAUUCGUGCAACACAUUAUGGAAAUAUUUGCUGCGUUUAUGUUGACCGGUGUCCUCUCUACACUGCUCCUCCCUGAGACAAAGCAGAGAACGCUCGAAGAUAUCUCGAACGAGGAGCAGGAAGGUUACAUCCAAGACGUCCCGGGAGCGAGUUCCUAA